AGUGUUAACAGAGCAGCGCAGCGACAUGUCAACUUGUUGCGAGCUGGUUUGGGCUGGGUGUUCGACACAAAUCGAGCUCAAACACAACUCAAACCUCUGUCACUGGUGCUCAACAGUCCGGAAGUCAUUUACGUGCCAUGUUAAUGGCAAGGGCAUGUUUUUUGUUCGUGCGCUGUUGUGGGCGCCAUGUUACGGCUGGGAGCUCUGUUAACAUUUUUGUCGCGUGUUUUGCGGUCUGUUGUUGCGGUUGUGGUUGCACGCAGACAACGAGCCGACAGCCCGACAGGCAUGCCGGCUAUCACAACAAUAACAACAAUAACGAACAGCUUCCUGCACGAUGGCUGUGUGCCAGCCGAAGCCGCUUCGUGCUCGACGUUCGGCUUUUGGGCUGUUAUCAUUCGUUUGCCAUGGCGGUGGGUUCUUUUUUGUUGUUUUUUUUUAUUUAUUUCAUUCGUCGGUUAUUCUUUUUGCCGUUGGCUUUGCUUAUGCCUUUUUCUUCUAAUAGCUGUUGUUGUUGUCGUUGCUGCUGCUGCUGGUAUUGAAGCUAGCCGGCUCUAUGCUGCUGCGUGCUGUGUGCGUAGGGCGUACGCUGUACGGCGUCCGUUGACGAAUCAGUUUCGCUACGGAUUCUGCACGAAGCGGACGCGUCGAGUAGUGAGUCGCAUAGUGUCUAGUCGAAAGAUCUGCAAAAUGUCGUCUUUCGAAAAUUAACGGUGACUUUUUUGAGUGCAUUUUCGAAAUUUUGCGUGGAAUGUAUUGUGCAAGUGUUGUUUUCGUUUGAAUUGAAGAAUCUUUUGAGAACUGAGAAUGAUUAAUUGAUAACUAUAUUAAAAGUGCCCACAAAAUAUCUCAAUUCAAAUGAGUUCCAUAAACAAUUAUGUUCAAGUUGAAAUAAACUGAAAAGAAACAAACACACGCAAAAAAAGUGGAGGAAAAACGAAUUUGAAAAGCAAAGAAACAAAAGUAAAAAACCAAACUCAACAAACCAAAUUUUCGAGUCGAGCAGCUGGCCAAUUUGAGUGGAGCUGAAGCUGGGCUGGGAUAGGAGAGCAGGUCGCGGGUGGCUGGCGUGAAGAGAUGCACUUAAGCCAGGCCACGAGGCCAACGUCGGUGCUCCUGGCUGUGGGUAGAGGCAAGAAUACGGCAAGUUGAUGUUGCUGCCGUCUUGGCAUCUAAUUGGAGCCCUCCUUGUGCUAACGGCAACAGCGGGGGACUCCAGCAACAAGAUCAUACUGCCGCAGAUACUCAACGGCAGCAUCGGCAGCGGUAGCAGCAACGGAGGCGCCUUCGGCGGCAGCAGCAGCAGCAGCAGCAAGCAUCUCACUGUUAGCAAAUCGUCGGCAGCCGCAACAAACAACGGAGGCGCCACAGCCAAUGGCAACACCAUUCUUGGCAGCAACGGUGUAAUUGUGGCCGGCGGUGUGCCCAAUGUGCCAGCAUCGAAUUUAAAUAUUGUUGUUGAAGAACCCGAAUUUACCGAAUACAUCGAAAAUGUAACUGUACCUGCUGGACGUAAUGUCAAAUUGGGUUGCUCGGUUAAAAAUCUUGGCUCAUAUAAGGUCGCUUGGAUGCACUUUGAGCAAUCGGCGAUAUUGACCGUGCACAAUCACGUGAUCACGCGCAACCCGCGCAUCAGUGUCACGCACGACAAGCACGACAGGCAUCGCACCUGGUAUCUGCACAUCAACAAUGUGCACGAGGAGGACAAGGGACGCUACAUGUGCCAGAUCAAUACGGUGACGGCCAAAACUCAAUUCGGCUAUCUGAAUGUUGUGGUGCCACCGAACAUUGACGAUUCGCUGAGCUCGAGCGAUGUCAUCGUGCGGGAGGGCGCUAAUAUAUCGCUGAGAUGUCGGGCCAGCGGCAGUCCCAGACCCAUUAUCAAAUGGAAGCGUGAUGAUAACUCGCGCAUAGCCAUCAAUAAGAAUCACAUAGUGAAUGAGUGGGAGGGCGAUACGCUGGAGAUAACCCGCAUCUCGCGCCUGGACAUGGGCGCCUAUCUCUGCAUCGCAUCCAACGGGGUGCCCCCAACGGUUUCCAAGCGCAUCAAAGUCAGCGUAGACUUUCCGCCCAUGUUGCUUAUACCACAUCAAUUGGUUGGCGCACCCGAAGGUUUCAAUGUAACCAUCGAAUGUUUCACGGAGGCGCAUCCCACAUCCCUGAAUUACUGGACACGCGGCGAGGGACCAAUCAUACAUGACUCGUUUAAGUACAAAGUCGAGUCGAGCGUCGGCGUGCCCGCUUACAAGACCCACAUGAAGCUGACAAUUAUCAAUGUGGGCAGCGGGGACGAUGGCAUCUAUAAGUGCGUGGCCAAGAAUCCCAGGGGCGAGACGGAUGGCAUUAUACGAUUAUAUGUUUCGUAUCCACCAACGACCGCUUCGUCGGGUCUCUACACAAGUGAAUCGCAUUGGGGCGAGGGAGCCAACAACAAUUUCGGCUAUGGCAAUUCAGAUGCGACGCGUUCCAAUUACGGACAGGACAAAAAUACGCGCUAUCAAUCGAAUUUGAAUGAAAUCGGUUUAUCAGAACAAAAAUCCUUCCUAGAUAAAACGCAGAGUACGGCAAACGGAAAUGGUAAUGCACCCGGCGUCGGCAGCGACAGCGGCGCCGACAGCGACGCCAACUGCGCCGUGGCCAUAGCGUGGCUAGCACUGCUCCCAACAUUGUUAACAAUGGUGCGCGGAGAGGUUUGUGCAAGACUUAGCUUAAGUGUGUGUUAG